ACAAACUUUAGAUAAGAAAUCUAUAAUAUCUAUCAUAACAUUUUAUCAAUUAAGAUGAAGCAACUAGUUUUCUUAUUUGGAACUCUUGCAUUUGCACAGGGUAUUUCUAUCGGUACUUUUUUGAACUGUGGAAAUACAACAGCAUGUGGAACUCAGUUUUACCCACCUCAUACAGCCCCGACGGGUGCAUCAUCACGUAUUGUAGGCGGGAGGGAAGCCAAUCCUCAUAGUUGGCCUUGGAUGGUUUUGCUACGGUAUCGAACAAGUACGCUCUCAUGCGGUGGUACACUAAUAAGAACAUGUACUGAUGAACUUGUGGUAAUCACCGCAGCCCAAUGUGUUGAGGGAUCAUUGGCUGCAGACUGGCAAAUAGAUGUUGGUGUCCAUUCAAGAUCAGCCAAUGAACUUAAUCAGAAAGCGUACCAAGUUAGUGAGAUACAUGUUCAUGAGAACUACAGUGCUUCAUACCUCCUUAGUGAUAUUGCUCUUUUGCGUUUAUCAACACCUGUCGAAGAAAAUGCAGAUGUGACUCCAAUAUGUGUGACGUCAUUACCAAUUGAGGAUUAUUAUGGUAAAAACUGCGUAGUAACAGGAUGGGGAACAACGAUGGAAAGUGGCUCUCUUGCUGAUAGACUGAAAGAAGUGUACAAACCGAUUCUACCCAACUCAGAAUGUCUUACAAACAUAGGUGGCGCUUUCAAUCCAGACCAUAUGACUUGUGCUGGAUACUUGGAAGGAGGCAAAGGCGCAUGCCAGGGUGACCAAGGUGGACCUCUUGCUUGUUUUAAUAGCCAAGGAAAAUACGACUUAAUAGGAAUAGUGAGCUGGGGAUUCGGUUGUGCAAGAGAAGGUUUCCCAGCGGUGUAUGCAAAUGUUCACAAGUAUCUAGAUUGGAUUACCAACCAUGCGUCUUCGUGAAACCAACAA